GGUCAGCGGCGCGCGCUUCCUGUGCGGCGCGUCGGGACUGAAGAUGGCCGCGGAUGGAGGCGCGCUGAAGGAUAUCAAUGAGAUUAAAUCUCAGUUCCGGACCCGCGAGGGAUUCUACAAGCUGCUCACCCUCUCGGACUCUCAGCAGCGCGCCGGGCUGCCGCGCGGGCCCUCUGCGGGCGUCGCGGUGGGUCCGGGCUCCAUCGCGGGCGGCGGGGCGGGUGCGGGGCUGGUGCAGGGGCCCGGGGCCUCCGCCAACUCCUCCCCGGGAUUCCUGCCUCCGGUGCGGGUGUCGAUGGUGAAGCUGAAGCCGGAGGACCCGAGCGAGGAGUCGGAGCGCGUGUGUUUCAACAUCGGCAGGGAGCUUUACUUCUACACCUACACGAACAUCAAGAAGGCGGUGGAUCUCAGCAAGCCGAUAGACAAGCGCAUCUAUAAGGGAACUCAGCCCACGUGCCACGACUUUAACCAGUACUCGGCCACCGCCGACAGCGUGGCUCUGAUCGUGGGCUUCUCCGCAGGACAGGUGCAGUACCUCGACCCCAUCAAGAAGGAGACCAGCAAGCUCUUCAACGAGGAGAGACUGAUUGACAAAUCAAAAGUGACGUGUCUAAAAUGGCUGCCCAAGUCUGAGAACCUCUUCCUGGCGUCUCACGCUAGCGGUCACCUUUACCUCUACAACGUGGAGCAUCCGUGCGGGACCACGGCGCCUCAGUACUGCCUCCUCCGCCAGGGCGAGGGCUUCUCCGUCUACUCCUGCAAGACUAAAACCCCCCGCAACCCGUUACUCCGCUGGGUGGUCGGCGAGGGAGGCCUGAACGAGUUCGCGUUCUCGCCCGACGGCGUUCACGUAGCGUGUGUCGGACAGGACGGCUGCCUCCGCGUCUUCCACUUCGACUCCAUGGAGCUUCAGGGAGUCAUGAAAAGCUACUUUGGAGGGUUGCUCUGCGUGUCCUGGAGCCCCGACGGGAAGUACUUAGCAACCGGCGGAGAAGACGAUCUAGUGACGGUGUGGUCGUUCGCGGAAAGCCGAGUCGUCGCGCGCGGACACGGUCACAAGUCUUGGGUUAACGUUGUGGCGUUCGACCCGUUUACCACUAACCUAGAGGACGACGAUCCGAUGGAGCCGAUGGAGCUCAGCGGGAGCGAGGAGGAUCUCCAGCCGGGGGCGCUACACUUCGCACGCGUGCGCACUAGCAGCACGCUAUCACGCCUCUCGCGGCACAGCUCAAAAGGUGGUGCUUCAUCCGUAUCCUACCGCUUCGGAUCCGUCGGGCAAGACACGCAAUUCUGUUUGUGGGAUCUUACGGAUGACGUGCUAUAUCCGCGACUUCCGCUUUCCCGAGCGCUUACGAACACCUUCGGCUCCACCGUUGCGACAUCCACGGCGUUAAACAUCACUAGCGGAAGUGGCGUAGUCGAAGGCCAUCAUCAUCCCCCCCAUCAGACGUCUACGUUACCGCUACCUUUACCUCGUUCGCUGUCGCGCUCAAAUUCACUUCCGCACCCUGCCGUCGCAAACACCUCAAAAACCCAGGGGGCGACGGAGAGCAACGCGGUUAGCGGAGGCGCUGCCGCCGCUGGAGGAACUACGCCGUUUAGCAUCGGACGCUUCGCUACGCUAUCGCUGCAAGAGCGCAAAUCGGACAAAUCCGGGGUUGGAGGCGAAAAGGAGCACAAGCGCUACCACAGCCUCGGAAACAUCAGCAAAAGCAACGAUAAGAUCAACGUGGCGCCGCGUAGCAACCGGCUAGACGGCGCUAAGGUCUUGGGAACCACGCUGUGUCCGCGCAUGAACGAGGUGCCGCUGCUGGAGCCGCUAGUGUGCAAGAAAAUCGCCCACGAGCGACUCACUGUACUCGUGUUCAUGAACGACUGCAUCAUCACCGCGUGCCAGGAGGGCCUCAUCUGCACUUGGGCUCGACCCGGCAAAGCGCAUCCGUCUCAACCGCUGUCAGCACAGAAUGGAAACUCGCCGAGCGGGACCGUCGUAUAGCCGAAGCCUCACCCCGAGAGCCAGGAGCCAGUGUUACACACACACGUGUCCUCCAUCCACGCUUUAGUUGCACAUUAACGUCACAUGUAAAUGCACACGGGACCAUGAGGCACAGACAGACUGCAAACGAUCGAAGAUCGAGACUCUUCUUUGCAGGAACCCCGCUAGCCUCGUCUUUAGCGAAUAACACUGCGAAAGCCACGGCCAUUUCACUUUCUAUUUAUUUAUUUCAUCAUUGAGUCUUCUAUUGUACAUAUUCAGACUACUCUAUAAUGGAAUAAUAAACUCGAAUAACUAAUAUAUGAAGAUCCUAUAUUGUACAUUGCGACAGAUGCAUUGAAUGUUUUGCAGAUUGUAGGGGGAUUGAUGAUUUAUUGUUCUUGUGUGCUAGUGCUUCAUGAGCUGACAGAUGGGAAAGUGCAUCUUUUGCUUUGCCAUUGAGAGUUGCGUACAUUCGUCCAACCGCUAGACGACUUUUCCACUUCAUAGAUUAGAGAGA